GGACAAAACGUUCAUCAUUGGCGCUUCUACCUACACAUCGAAGACCGAUCGGUAUUAAUCGACAUCGUGCCGGGUGGAGAUGGGCGGACGGGUGUCCUGAUGGUGGUGAGCAAGCCGUACGCGAGGACCAGAGCGAAGGUUGCUCUUCAGUUCGACGUCACGCCUUCGCCGGGAACGUCCGUGCAGCAGUAUAUCGACUUCAUCAUUAAACACAAUCUCGACAAAUACAAGUAUGAUGUGGAUGGAAAUGGAUGCCGUUGGUAGUGCACUGUGGUGUUAGAGAAGUUGAAAGGUGCAGGGAUGGUAGUUGCAGGCUCGACGGAUGCGUUUUUGGGUUGGAUCGAAGAGCAGGCCAAAAGCCGUACUGCCAGCAUCCCGAUGCCUGUCCGCAAAGGCGAAUUCUACGGUUGACCGCGGGAAUAGCCUGAAGAUCCUAGACGCCUAGUUAGAGUGAAAUUUAGUGAUACAACCUCUUGUCUCUGCAGGCGUUUCCACAUGUUGUUACGUAAGGGCUGGGCAAGGCUGUGUGUACGAAUCGACUAUAUCGGUCCUUCACUGUUUUCUCAUUCACAUGAGAAAACCAGUCAUCAGGGACCAUGAGAU